AUGACGCCGUCUGAGAAAAACAAUCAGUCGACCAUUCAAGGGGUCGCCAUCUCCUGCUACACCCUUGGCUGUGCUGUGGGAGCCUUCCUGGCCAUGCGAUUUGGCCAGAUCACGGGCCGCCGCUGGGCCAUUUUCAUCGGUUGCUCAGUGGUAUCCAUCGGGGCAGUGCUCCAGUUUUCUGCCUUUGGGCUUCCUCAAUUCGUGGUCGGGCGGGUUAUCUGCGGCAUGGGCACGGGUAUCAACACCUCUACUGUCCCAGUUUGGCAGGCUGAGACAACCAAGCCUCACCAGCGCGGACCGGUCAUCGCGUUCGAGACCUCCAUGGUCAUCGCGGGCGUCAUGGUCAGCUAUUGGAUCGACUUUGGCCUCUCUUACGCGGAGCCAAGCUCUGCGGCAUGGAGAGUUCCGGUCGCGCUUCAACUGGUGUUCGCCUUGAUAGUCUUGGGCAUGAUUCUGGUCAUGCCAGAGUCUCCUCGGUGGCUCAUUUGCCAGGACCGGCUGGAAGAGGCCGCCGCGGUCGUCAGUGCUCUCUACGAUCUGCCCGAGGAGGACCCACUCGUGGCCGACCAGCUACAAGCAAUCCGUGCCAUACAGCAAGUCGGCAGCAAAGCUGGCAUCCUCGAAAUGUUCACCCAAGGGCCCCUCAAGAACCGCACCCGCACCAUGUUGGGCGUAGGUAUCCAGGUCCUCAGUCAGCUCUCCGGCAUCAACAUCAUCACCUACUAUGCCGCCACCAUCUACGAAAACGAGAUUGGACUGACGCCAUUCGUGUCGCGGCUAUUAGCCGCCGGUAACGGGACGCAGUACUUUGUGGCGUCGCUUUUCUCUGUCCCCAUCAUCAAACACUGUAACCGACGGCCCGUCAUGAUGAUGGUGGCCUCUGGAAUGAGCUUGUCCAUGGUUGUCCUCGCCAUCCUGAACAGCAUCGGUGGCCGGGGACCAGGGAUUGGUGCGGCCGCUUUCCUCUUUGUCUUCAACACCUUCUUUGGCAUUGGUUAUGCGCAGUUGUCCUGGCUGUAUCCUGCCGAAGUGACACCGUUGUCCGUCCGGUCGCAGGCAAACGCCCUGUCCACGGCGUCAAACUGGCUGGGCAACUUCAUGGUUGUCAUGAUCACGCCCGUGGCUUUCAAUAACAUCGGCUGGAGGACGUAUAUCAUCUUUGCCAUCUUCAAUUUUGCCGCCGUUCCCGUCUUUUACUUGUUCUUCCCUGAAACCCGUGGCCGUUCUCUGGAGGAGGUCGAUCUCAUUUUCCGCCAAUCCAAAAACUUGCGCCACGCCGUCCAACUCGGCUUUACCAUGGAUAGGCAUUUCGAUCACAAGGGCAACUUGUUGAAGAGCAUGGUCCAAGAUGUUCAAGGUGAGGGAAGCCCGGCAAAGGAUGAUUUCACCGUCACCGAACACCGUGAGGUUUCCCCUAAGACCUGA